AUGUUCCACGCACCACACUUCAACUGGCAACUCGCCUUCGUUCUCUUCGGCUACGACCAAGGCGUCUUCAGCGGCAUCGUCGGCAACGAAGACUUCCUAAACACUUUCGACCACCCUUCACCCGGUCUUGAAGGCAUCAUCGUGUCGAUAUACAAUCUGGGUUGCUUCACAGGAUGUAUCCUCAGCUUUAUGUUCUGCGAGAAGACGGGUCGGAGGCUGGCUAUGUGGAUUGCUAUGGUUUGGAUUAUUGUCGGCGGCGCGCUUCAAGCGAGUGCGUACUCGGUGCCGCAUAUGAUGGUCGCGCGUUUUCUGACGGGAAUUGGGACGGGCAUCGAGACAUCGACUGUGCCCAUGUAUCAAUCUGAACUCUGCGAGGCGAAUAAGCGGGGUCGGCUCGUCGCGUCGGAACCGCUUUUUGUUGGUGUGGGGAUCGAGCUGGCGUACUGGUUCGACUAUGGAAUGUCGUUUACGGAAGGAUCGAUCGCAUGGCGUUUACCGAUUGCUUGCCAGGUCAUCUUUGCGAUUAUUGUCAUCGUGCUGGUUUUCGGCCUUCCUGAGUCACCCAGAUAUCUGUAUGCACAUGGACGCCACGAAGAGGCGCUUCAGAUUCUUUGCGACGUAUACGACGGCACGCCUGAUGACCCAAAGAUCGAGAAAGAGAACAGAGAAGUGCUCGAGGCUUUGCAGGUCGAAAGAGAGCAUAGGGAGUACAAGUGGUCGCAACUUCUCAAGAAAGAUCGUGUGCAGACUGGACGUCGUGUGUUGCUUGCCUACGGCGCGCAGUUCAUGAACUAG